CUUCCUCUCACAUUUCUUUCUCAUUCUUCUUUGAUGGCUAUGGCAGUUCCCGCCCAAACCAUCGAAGCGGAUGAAGUUCUCUUAUGCUCGAUUCUCCACCGUACCGACUUUGCUUUGCUGACAAACACCGAUCCUAACGUAUGGGCGGUUGAAAUCACCUCCAUGCUUCGCUCCUCCGCCGUCACUCUCCCCUCCGUCGAGCUUGCUCGCCGUCUAGUUUCUCAUUUCUUUUGGAACUAUCACGGUCCUACCGCUUGGAAGAUUCUAGACGUUGCUGCCUCCCGCAAUAUCAUCCCUCCUUUGCUCCUCCUUGCUCUUCUCUCCACCAGGAUUGUUUAUUGUAGGAGACUUCAACCGAUAGCUUACAAACUUUACUUGGAACUCGUUAAGCUACAUGCGUUCUCGCUUGAAGCUCAUUUCAAUUCUCCCUACAAUGAAAAGAUUAUGGAAUCAAUUGAUGAUGUUCUUAAGCUUUCUCAAGUAUACGGCAAAAAAGUGUGUGAACCAGGAGUUGUUCUGGUUGAAUUUGUCUUCUCAAUGUUAUGGCAGUUACUUGAAGCAUCUUUAGAUGAUGAAAGGUUAUUAGAUAAUAUCCCAGAGAUUAAGCCAAGAUGGCUAAGCAAAUCACAUAAUAUGGAUAUUGAUGUGCCUGACUGCAACAAUAGAAUGGAGACUGAGCUGAAGGAGAGGUUGAAGAGGGAAAAUACAAAGUUGGCUAUUGAGAUCAUUGUAGAAUUUUUGCAGAGUAAAAUGACAUCAAGGCUUCUUUCCUUAGUUCAUCGAAACAUGCCAUUACACUGGGGAUCUUUCAAUUACCAAAUGCAGCUGCUUGCAUCAAACUCUUCAAUUUUGAGGAAUUUGAUACAUAAUGGAAACACCCUUUUAUCUUUAAUGGAAAAUAUCCGCAUGGGUGUAUCUCAUGAGAGCAAUACAAGAUCUAAGCUGGAGUCUAAUGUAGUAGUCACACCUUCUGGCUCUCAAAUAUCUUUUGCUGGUCAAUCUUAUGGUAGUAGUUGGUCUUCAUUCUGGCUUCCUAUUGAUCUUAUACUUGAAGAUGCUUUGGAUGGGGGGCAAGUAGCAGCUUUUAGUGCUAUUGAAAUUAUUACCGGUUUGGUAAAGCUUUUACAUACAGUAAAUGGCUCUAUGUGGCAAAAUACUUUUUUGGGUUUAUGGACUGCAGCACUGCGGUUGGUUCAAAGGGAAAGGGAUUCAAAAGCAGGCCCUAUACCUCGUCUUGAUACUUGCAUGUGUUUGCUAUUAAGCAUUACAACCCAUGUGGUUGCAAAUAUUGUUGAAGAAGAAGAAAGUGAGUUGAUUGAAGAAGCUGAACGCGCCCCUUCAAAUCAAGGAAAAAAUAUACAGGUUCUGGGGAAGCGUCGCGGGGAAUUGAUUACUAGUUUGCAGUUAUUGGGUAAUUCUCAGUGUUUGCUUACUCCACCUCAAACUGUUCUCAUGGAAGCCAAUCAAGCUGCUGCCAAGGCUACCAAGUUUGUAUCACGAAACCUUGUGGGUCGUGGGCGCUUAGAAUCAUUGACCAUGGAUGACUUGCCUGCGAACUGUUCUGGCAACUUACUGCAUCUAAUUGUUGAGGCCUGUAUUGCAAGAAAUAUACUCGACACAUCAGCAUAUUUUUGGCCUGGCUAUGUGAAGCCCCGCAGCAAUCAAAUUCCUUCCAGCAUUUCUUACCAUGUGGAUGGCUGGUCUUCAUUGAUGAAGGGAUCACAGUUAACUCCUGGAUUAGUUGAUGUCUUAGUUGCAACUCCUGCUUCCAGCUUAGCGGAGAUUGAAAAGAUAUAUGAAAUUGCAAUCAGUGGUUCAGACGAAGAGAAGAUAUCUGCUGCUACCAUUCUGUGUGGGGCAUCUCUAGUACGCGGAUGGAAUAUACAGGAACACACUAUUAUUUUUAUCACAAUGUUGCUCUCACCUGUUGGUCUGCCUAAUCACACUGAGACCGAAAGCCAUUUGAUCAGCCAAGCUCCACUUCUAAAUGUCCUACUUGUUGGAAUUUCAUCUAUAGACUGUGUUCAUAUUUUCUCCCUGCAUGGUUUGGUUCCAUUACUUGCAGCAGGGCUAAUGCUAUUAUGUGAGGUUUUUGGGUCAUGUGUUCCUGAUGUCACAUGGACUGUCACAGCCGCAGAACAACUCUCUUAUCAUGAGGUGUUCUCUAAUGCAUUUACUCUUUUGCUUAGAUUCUGGCGGUUUGAUAUUUUACCCAUUGAACAAGUAAGGACCAAUGCAGCAGAUCCACCACUUGGAUCUCUAUUUAGUCCUGAAUACCUUUUAUUGGUUCGAAACUGUAGAGUAUCAUCAUUUGGAAAAUCAACAAAGGAUAUUCUAAAGCUCAAAAGACUGCCAAAAAUUACAAACUAUCCUAAGGAAUCUGUAUUUAUGAAUUCCUUUCCAAAACUAUACUUUUGGUAUAAGCAACACCAAGAAUGCAUUGCUUCUAUUCGCUCUGGUCUUGGGCCAGGAGGGUCUGUUAAUCAGAUUGUUGACGCUUUACUAAGCAUGAUGUUUUGGAAGCUACAUGAUGGUUCUGUACCUUUGACACCUGCGACCUUAGGAAACAGCGGUUCAUCUGGAUCUGUGUAUACACUGGAUGAGGCUUUAAUUAAACUAAAAGUGCCUGCCUGGGAUAUUCUGGAAGCCAUUCCCUAUGUGCUGGAUGCUUCUCUUAAUGCUUGUGCGCACGGAAAAAUCUCUAGCCGUGCGUUGUCAACAGGCAUCAAAGAUCUAGCCGAUUUUAUACCAGCAUCUUUAGUUGCCAUUGCAAGCUACUUUUCUGCCGAAGUUACAAGGGGCGUAUGGAAGCCAGCUUUCAUGAAUGGAGUUGAUUGGCCUAACCCUGCUGCAAAUUUAUCCAUUGUUGAGCAACAGAUAAAGAAAACUUUAGCAGACACAGGUGUUAAUGUACCAAGCCUUGAUGCUGAUGGAGACUCUCCGGCUAAACUUCCUUUGCCUUUGGCAGCUUUCGUAAGCCUGUCAAUAACAUACAAACUUGACAAAGGCAGAGGGAGAUUCCUUGUCCUGAUUGCCCCAGUUCUUACUGCCGUUGCUUCUGGUUGCCCCUGGCCCUGCAUGCCCGUAUUAACUUCUCUGUGGACCCAAAAGGUGAUGCGUUGGAGUGAUUACUUUGUGCUCCGUGCUUCCGGAACUGUCUUCCAACACAAUAGAGAUGCUGUAGUUCAACUGCUAAAAAGUUGCUUCAAAUCCACUCUUGGAUUUGGCACUACAUCUAUGAGUAAUGAUGGUGGUGUUGGGGCCCUUCUUGGUCAUGGCCUUUCUUUCCAAGUUGCCAGGGGGGUUUCUCCAGUUGCUCCAGGGAUUCUUUACUUAAGAGUGUACCGGUCUAUUGGCGAUAUCACAUUUUUGAACAAAGAAAUCAUGUCCAUUCUAAUGCUUUCAGUUAGAGACUUGGUAAGUAGCGAGUUAUCUAAAGGCACUAUAAAGAAAACCAGAUAUGGAAUGCAAUGUGGACAUGUUUCUUUUGUCAGAUACAUGGCAUGUGCCAAGCAUGCUGCAUUACUUGGGGCUUCUUUGAUCUGGAUAUCAGGUGGUCAAAAAUUGGUUCAAUCAUUGAUGAUAGAUACUGUUCCUUCCUGGUUUUUAUCAGCUAAUAAUUUGGAGCAUAAUGGUGAACAGCCUGGAUCUCUGGUUGCUAAGCUUAUCGGCCAUGCACUGGCGUAUUUUGUUAUGCUUAGUGCGGCAUUUGCAUGGGGUAUUGACCAUUACUCAGUUCCACCAAAUCAACGGGCAUUGGUUAUUGGGAUGCAUUUAGAAUUCCUUGCAAGCAUCCUGGAGAAGAAUAAAUUACUAUGUUGCCAUCAUGCUACUUGGCGAGCCUAUGUGUCAGGUUUUUUGAAGCUGAUGGUGGGUUGCACUCCAAUGUGGGUCCAAGAAGUUGAUGUGCAAUUGUUGAAGAGACUGAGCCAGGGAUUAAGACGAUUGAAUGAGGAUGAGUUGGCUCUUCGCCUUUUGGAAGUUGGAGGGAUAGGCGUCAUGGGUGCGGCAGCUGAAAUGAUUAUAAAUUUUGAACGUAGGUUGUAAAUCUAUCAGAACUGACUAUACAGAGUAAUACCUUUUAGACGGAUGUUAGUAAUCUUUACUUUAAGAAACAUUAGUGGUUUAUAUAAGUUGCAAUAAAUUCCUAGUUGCAUUAAACAAUUAUAAAGGUUUUAUUUUCAAGCUGGUGCAGUGACUACUUUUCUGCCUAUUUCAGUAAACUUCUAGUCAAAUGGCUUUUAUUCGGGUAGUGUGUUUUUCGGUAAUUUGUCGAUAUCGAUAUCUUUUACUGUAAUUAUUUGGAGUGUGACUUGUACUAUAUGCAAACAAAAAAAUAUAUGAAUAUAGGGAUGCUUAAUUCCAUGAAGCUAUAUGGUUGAAUCUCCUUUCAUUAUUUUUUUUCUUUACAAUCUUAUAUGGUGUCAAUUGACAGCAUCAACGACCAUAGCGGGCACUAAGGAACAUUUAUGGUACCCUGUUAUGGAUGGACUUUGCACGGGAGGUUACUUAACUAUUUUAUCAUACAAUUACCAACCUGAUUUUACAAGGAAAACAGAUAAGAGUAAACUUUUGUCCUUAAAUUAAUUUUAUCUAGCGAUCUCAAUUAUUAAGAAAAUAGAAAUUUCAUUCAUUC